ACACCGACGUACCGCACUCCCUCACAGACAACAUGGAGCUUAAGGUUUUGGUGCUGGUGUCGGCCAUGGGCCUGGCGUGCGCGGCCACCAUCCAGGACCCGUACAUCCACGACUCGGUCGAGGACCAGAUCGCCAUGGAGUCGGGCGCGCGCCGCUCGGUGGUGGCGCCGCCGCCCCACCUUGUGGAAGGGGACGCCGACUCGGAGGAGGAGGCUGACACCGUCCCCGCCGACGACGCCGCUGCUGAUGCGCCCGCUGCCGACGACGACGAGGCCCCGAGCACCCCCGAGGAGGAGGAGGAGGAAGCAGAGACCGGAAAGCCGUCGGCCGUCCCAGACGACUCGUUUGCCAUCCUGCUGAACGACGAGCCCGAGCGCCCGCAGCCCGCUCAGUACGGCCAGACCUUCGGCGGCUUCGCCCUGACCCAGCCGGCGCGACCCAGCUUCCAGCGGCCGCAGGCGUCGCUGCUCUCGCUGCUCUCGCGCAUGCAGUACCCGUCGCUGGGCGCCUACGGCUCCCCCGUCGUCGUGCUGCAGCCCAUCUUCGUGGCGGUGCCGAUGGAGCCGCACGCCGCCGACGGCGAGAAACCGGCCGGCGGCCAGAGCCAGGAGCCGCCGCUGUUCCGUCGCCAGCCGGUCCGGCGCCAGCCGAACGUCAACCUCAUGGAUCUCAUCCAGCGGGGCUACUUCGCGUACUGAGCGGCGGCCGCGGCCCGCCGCACCCUCGCCGUUAACUUAUUGAGCGUCGGCCUUGCCGGCCCGUCCGCUGGCGGCGGUCGGGCGCGCCCGAUCUCUGGCCAGAUGACGGCCGGUUUACUGCCGGCGUCGCAUACCGUACCUGGCUCUGGCUGGUGCGGACCCGCAGCGCUGCAGCUGCGACCGGCCGCCUAAUCCGGCGUCCAGGACUCGUCAUGGGGUCAGCUCGCACCGCGCGCUCCGGCCCGGCCGAGCCGAACUGAGCGCUCGCCGCAGUCGGCGGCUGGCAUUAAUGUGUGUGGUGGAGUGUGUGCGCGAGUGGUGAUGAGCUGGAGAUAAUUUAUUCACUUUGAAGCUACCAAAGAGGAAAAUGACUUGCUAGUGGGCUGUGUUUCGACCAGCCAACUAGCUCAAUUGGUCAUCCAAGAGCAAUGACGAGUUGUCUUUGUUCGUCGCCGGAUUUGAGUUCCAGUGUGAAGUGUUUUGAAAUAAACUGAUUUGAUCAGCUAA